AUGAGUCUCAAGGGGUACAAUAUGCUCUAUCAAGACCUCAACAAGGAUGUAAUGUACGAGACUCUCGUUCCAAACUACGUUUUGAACCAUGACUUGCUCCAAGGAGAUUCCAUAAAACUCACUUUUGAGGGCGACUAUACCGACUCUUGUAAUUCUCUAGCCCGAGUGACGACUGGAGAUGACGGAAAACUCGAAGACAGUCCAGGAGCACAGCUAAACAUGAUAAGUUGCAGCUGGAGUGACAUGGUCGACGACUCCCUAGAUCUACUCAAGAAUUGUCCAGACAUACAAAGACGCAGAAAUACGUGCAAACUCAUACUGGCAUGUGAGUGUACCUAUCGUACUGAAAAUUACAGAGACUUGGCAAUGAUAAUCGCACAGUAUUUGGAUAGGGAAAAUGGUAGAGCAUAUAUAGCAACCAAACGCUUCUACUUUGGCCUGUCUGGUGGAACAUUUCAGUUUGUAGACUUUGUAAAUACUUUCGAACAGGGCAGUUUACUCAAGGCAGAGGUACUCUACUCCAACAGCCUUAAAAAUAGUUCAAACUUUGUCGACAUCAUACAAGUUAGACGAGUAUAA